ACCUCAAUGUCUAACAGCGUGGCACCACCGGGUCAACAUGGGACACGUGGCGGUGCAACAAUUAAAAAAAAGCUAGUGAAUACGACUCUAGAGUUUAGUCAUAACGCAGUGGAUCCUUCUCCCACAAUACAAGAAAUUAAAGAAGCUUGUGUUUUGAUCAAUACACGUGUCAUUCUUCUAUCUCUUCCAUCUCUCUGUUUCUUAUCUGCUGCUUUUCUCUAUUUUUGGCCUGUAAUGGAGCCUUCACCGGAAGAUCAUGAAGAGCAGCGACUCGACCGAGUUGACUCACUUCCUUGCACGGAGCUAGCGUCGACAAGCUCUGACGCCUUUUCAUCAGUAUUUAGUGAAUUAGAUUCUCGCAGCUCUACAGUCAGUGUUAUUAGUGUUAGCUCCGGAGAGAUUCCAGCGGCGGUUGUGGAAGAGGCGACGAUGUCUCCGGUGGAGGAAGUUCCAUCUCCGGUGACCGUGAAGGAGAAAUGCGUAGGAAGGAAUAGCAAAGGUGUAAGCUGGGGAUUCACGUCGGUUAUUGGUAGACGAAGCGAGAUGGAGGAUACUGUUGCCGUUAUACCAGGAUUUGUGUCGCGCACGUGCGAUCACGUGGGUGGAUGUACAGCUCCUGGUUCGAAAACUUCCGGUGAGAUAUCGCCGGUUCACUUCUUCGGCGUCUACGACGGUCACGGUGGCUCUCAGGUGGCUAACUACUGUAAAGAGCGAAUGCAUGAAGUAAUAGCAGAAGAAUUGAAUCGCGAAACAGUCGAUGGCUCCGAAUGGCGGAGAAGGUGGGAAGCUGCAUUUUCGAGUGGUUUCGAGAGAACUGAUAAUGAAUUAUUGACAGAGGCAACCGAAAUGGUUGGUUCGACGGCAGUUGUGGCAGUUGUAUCUGGUUGCCAGAUUAUUAUAUCAAAUUGUGGUGACUCAAGGGCAGUGCUUUGCCGUGGGACUGGAAUUGUCCCACUAACAGUCGACCAGAAGCCAGAUAGAGAAGAUGAACUCAUGAGAAUUGAAGGUGGCGGAGGGAAAGUCAUCAACUGGAAUGGUGCUAGGGUGUUUGGGGUCCUUGCUAUGUCCAGAGCCAUAGGUGAUCAUUAUUUGAGGCCAUGGAUAAUACCAGUGCCUGAGAUCACAUUCACGACAAGGUCCGACGAAGACGAGUGCUUAAUUCUGGCGAGUGAUGGUCUUUGGGAUGUGAUGAGCAAUGAAGAAGUUGGUGACAUGGCUCGACGACUCUUACGAAGAUGGCGCCGGACAAUUGCAUCAACUGAAAUUCCUCCGGCGCAAGCCGUGGCUGAUAAUCUCACUGAAAUCGCUUAUAGCAGAAACAGUUCCGAUAACAUUUCUAUAAUUGUUGUUGAUCUAAAACCCAAGAAAAAGCGCCACCGUAAGCCCAGCUGGCAGGAUUGAUCUAGUUCAGCUCCGGUGACCGGAAUAUGUUUGCAAGAAGGCCAAACGAAACCUGACUUGUAAUUGGUAUGCAAUAGGAAAAACAGUUAAAAAAAAUUAACUAAAAAAAUACAAAGCUGGCUGUUGCAAUGUAUAUGGAUACAGAAAAAAAAAUAUGUUGCAAUGAUUCUUAUAUUGUGAUAAUAUUUUAUUAAAUUUUCACAAUUUUUCCCUUGAA